UGGCUCUGAUUGGUGACAGACUGUCAGGUUGUGAGGGCUUUCUAGUUAACCCGGCAGACUUAGGCCCUCCCUUUGGCACUAGAUAGGUUACAGGAGCACAUACCACAAAUCCAGUGCAGUGAUUUCACUUACAGCACAAAUAUUUUACCAGCACGUCAGCUCUAAAAACAAACAAGCAGAAAAGAGCUAAAUUAGCAAGCGAUUUGCUGCAUACAGACAGCAAAAAUAUAUCUUUCUCAGCAUCAAUAUCACAGUUACUCAGCAUCGAAGUCAUGGUUCAUGGGAAGAAGUUGGCCAAGGAGGUGCUGCUGCCUUCUGUGCUGGAAGACGAUGACGCAGAAAGCGAGAAGCUGCAGCUGGGGGAGCAGAGAUCGAGCCAGACAGAGGUUGAUGUGCGUGGGCCAAAAGACCAACGCUGCAGCCCUGAUGGGAACGUGCUAGACGGGGGCAGAGGGGAGGAAGAGGAUGAUGAUGAAGAGGAGCAGUGUGUGGUCUCUGAUGAGGACUAUGACACAGAUUUGGAGCUCGGAGGUAAGGAGGAGCCAUAUGAUCAGACGGGGAGGACGAGCUACAUGAAGGUGUGUGAAACGCUACAGGUGGCGCCUUCCUCGUAUUUCCUGCGGCACAUGCAAGAUAGCGAGCUGAAGAUGAUGCAUCGUGGUCUGGGGCCGCAGGGCACCAAAGCGCUGGCGGUUCCCCUGGUAACCAACACUUCAAUACUGAGGCUGAACCUGCGAGAUAAUUGGAUGGAAGGAAUGGGCGGAGCUGCUAUAGCCGAGAUGUUAAAGGAAAAUUGUUACAUUACAGAGGUGAACCUGUCGGACAACCACCUUGGGGAUUACGGAGCCAGAGCCAUAUCUGCUAUGCUUAAGGAGAACAGCACCCUGGCGAGCCUCAAUCUGUCAGGAAACUACAUCACAGACCGCUCGGCUGAACACCUUGGACCGGUGUUGAUCACAAACACCAGGCUUCGGAACCUCGACCUCAGCUACAACUCCCUGGGUGACCAUGCAGGGCAACACCUGGGAGACUCUCUGUCUGAGAACACAGGGUUGAGAUCACUAAGUCUGGCCUGGAAUUGCAUCCGAGGGAGAGGAGCGGCGAUGUUAGCCAAUGGCCUUGGGGCAAAUGUUUCCCUGAGAACAGUGGAUCUGUCAUUUAAUGGCUUUGGGAAAGAAGGAGCCGUCGCUUUAGGACAGGCUCUAAAAGAGAACAACAUUUUAGAGGAGGUGAAUGUGAGUAACAACAGAAUCCCCCCUGAAGGAGCCAUCCACCUCGCCAUGGGCCUCAAAGUAAACAAGACAAUCAAAUCCCUGAAUAUUGGGAAGAACCCCAUCCAGAAUGCUGGCUGCUACGGGAUCCUUCAGUCUGUCCAGGAAAACCCAGAUUCAGCCAUGGAGGCUUUAGACUUUUCAGACAUCCCAGUGAACCAAGAUUUCGAGGACUUGUAUACGGCAGUGAAAGAAAUAUUGCCUGAGCUUAAAGUAAAUCAUGGGGGCCGAAUUGGCGCAUUCAGGAAGGAAGCUUGAAAAGUGUUACUGUAAUUGCUGUACUUUUAUGCCAGUAAAGAUGGAAGAAAUCCUCUCAAAGCCCUAUGGACGUUUUCAGCGACAGAUGAACCAAAGCAUGGAUGCCUGCAAAAAUGUAAUUUUUCAUAAAAAAGAAGUCUUCUUUAUAGAGCUGUGAGAGCAUAUCCUGUUGAAUAAAAUGUAAAACUUGUUAAAUACCCAAUCAGUGGAAAAUAAAGGCAAUUCAGAGGUAGACUGCUCAUUUUCCCAAAGAUACAGCAUGUGUGAAGUGCUUGAAAUAUAGUGUUAAUAAAGUCACUCAAAAUGGGCAUACAAA